AUGCCUGCCGUCCGGCUUUGGGGCCGGAGGUGGCACUUCAGCACCGACAUCGUUCCCAUCCCCGCUGCCAUCAACGGCGCCUUCCAUUUUGUCUGGAUAUGCGUUCUCCUCUUCGGUGCUAUUGGAUCAGGGGAAUGGCCCAGUGGGUGCAAUAGCGCGACUGGGCGGCAGUACGUGGCGUUGUUCGCCGGCCUGUUUGGGGCCUUCGUUCUUAAUCUCAUCAUCGACGUCCUGCUCUACAUCCAUGGAAUGAAGGGAUCUCCAUUCGAGGUGUCCAAACGGCACUGGGUUCCGACCCUCCUCCACAUCAGCACUCUACCCAUUGUCGCUCAGUUCGUGUUCACAGCAUUUGGGACCCAUGUCGUGAAUCAGCAGCUGGACGACUGCUGGCCGGCAGACGUCAGGCAUGGCGUGAGGGUGGUGGCGCGGAUCCUCGUCUACUCCACCUGGGGCCUGAUGGCCAUCAUCGCGCUGGGAAUCGCCAUCACGUACAACCUGUACCCGGAGCACAAGUCGCAGGGUUCCUGGGAGCAGCGGUGCGAGUGCAUCGCCGUGCUGCUGUGCUGCCGCAGCAACAUGCGGCGCCGGCCAGCGGGCAAGCGCCCCCCGCUGUCCAACAUCGCGGAGCUGACCUCCGGCCUGCUGUCGCACGUAGACCUGGAGGCCACCGACCUGAUGACGGCCGUGAUCCUGACCUCCGCCGCGCAAAACCGGCGGCGGCGCCUGCGCCUGGCCAAGGCGCUGCUGCCCGUGUACGAAGCGCUGCGCCAGACGGGGUCGCGGAGCAGCCGGUCGGAUCCCGGCACGGCCGCCAGCUCCGCCGGCGACUCCGACUCGGACUCCGAGGCGGAGAGCGGGGAUGAGGCGGGGGCCAGCAGCGACGGCUCCUCGGUGCAUGACGUGCCAGCCAGCCGCCGUCUGACGCGGCGGCUGGAGGGCGGGCACUCGGAGCGGGGCAGGGCUGCGGCGCCCCGUGGGGAGCCGAGGCCAGAGGCGCCGGAGGUCGCGAUCGACACCGCCGCCAGCCUGCCCCUGACCGAGAGCAACGUGGCGCUGAUGGAUCGGCUGGCCAGCGCCUCGGUGGGCGGCGAGGAAAGCGCGGCGGGGGGCGGAGACGACGGGAAGCAGGAGGCGGCGGCGGUGGCAGUGACCAACGAGCUCCACGACCUGGCUGCCAACACGGGGCAAGACGCGGGGGAAUUGGCCGAUGCACUGGCGGAUGCCAUCCAGGAUGAGCUGGAGGAUCUGGGUGGCGGGGACAUCGGGGCCACCCACGAGGACGCGGUUCUCCAAGUGGACAAGGCCCCCUCGCUGGAUCUGGCCCUGCUGGCAGACGGCGCCUCCUCCAUCUGGCUGAACCCCAGCGUCGCAACGCAGGCCCCCUCCGUCUCCAAUCAGGGCGAGGAGACGGCACCCGGCUCUCCCCGCCGGACCCAGGACGCCGAGUUCCCGGCCGGAGUCUCUGACUCCGGGCCCCCAGACUCGCCAUCAGUGCCCCCCGCGACGGGAAGCAGCCCCUCCACCCAGCCCCCGCCGGUGACGGUGCCGGAGGGCGUGGACCCGCUGCCCUCCCGCGAGGCCGUGGUGGCGGCCAGGCAGGCCGGCGCGCCGGGGUCGGAGGGCCGCCUGCCCUCCGAGGCCAGCCAGGGGGCGCGCAGCGGCAGCGUGCGCGACCUGGCCAGCGUUACGCUGCGCUUCCCCACCGUCAUCACGCCUUCCCAGUACGUCAACCGCCUGGCAGGGAAGCUGCCGCCCGAGGCGCUGGCCGACAUCUACGCUGGCCGGCAUGACCGCGUGGGGGUGGAGGUCCUGGAGGAGGCCACCUACUUCCUCAAGUACGCCUACGCUGUCUACUCCCUGCAGCCCAAGAUCGAGAACCCCUCCAGCAUCCUGGACAUGGCCUGCUGGAAGCCGCCCGCGCCCCAGGACGUGGUUUUUUCAGGGUUCAAUGAGCUGGAGCAACUGGAGGAUGACUCCACCAUCGAGCUGCUGCACCUCAACUGCUCCAACCGGAUGCUGGCGCACCUGCCCUACCUCAUCGCUCUGGACCAUGUGAAGAAGGCGGUGGUGCUGGCCAUCAGGGGUACCAUCUCUGCCGCCGACAUUGUGACGGAUGCCAUGGUCGCCAGCGAGCGCCUGGAGCACCUGCUCCCUGUCAGCCUGAAGGAGGACGUCAAGGGCCCCUGCUUCGGGCACACGGGCAUGCUGGCGGCGGCCCAGGCCAUCUUCAUGGACAUGAAGGAGCGGGGCAUCCUGACCCCGCUAGUGGGCAGCGAGGCGGCGGCUGACGACUACUCCGCGCCGCGCGGGGAGGGCCCGCCCCAGCGGGAAUCCCAGUACGACGCCGACACGGGGCCCAGCCCCCUGCGCGCGGCCAUGGGCAGCGCGGGGCAGGCCAUUCGCGAGGGCGUCGCGGCGGUGCUGCCCGCGGGGGGCUGGACAGGGGCGGGCAGGCCAGGGGAUGCCGAAGGGGACGACAUAGAGGCACAGCGCGCGGCGGCGAGAGAUUCCGACGGACCACGUGUCACGGUGGACAAGCUGGGGGCGCAAAAGUCGCCGGGCCAGAAGGUGGGGGAGCUGAUGAAGGUGAAGCUGCUGGAGGACGACUGGCAGCUCAUGGUGGUGGGACACAGUCUCGGCGCAGGGGCUGCAGCACUCAUCUCCCUCCAGCUCCUGGAUCACUGCCCCGGACUGAAGUGCCUGGCGUACAGCUGCCCAGGCGCGCUCGUGAGCAAGAACCUGGCACAUGCCAUGGCGAGCUUCACUACCACGAUUGUGGUGGGCAAGGAUGCCGUGCCCAGGGCCUCUGUGGCAAACCUGGGCAGGCUGAUGGAUGAGAUGGUGACGUCCCUGGCAAGGUGCAAGCAGCCCAAGCUCAAGGUGACAUUCUAUCCCUGGUGGAAGAGGAAGAAGCAGGACUUCAAGAAUCUGUUCUGGGACUAUGACAAGAUCCCAGAGGAGUCACUGGAGGUGUUGAGAGGAUACUAUGACAGCAGAGUCUCUGGAGGGCAGCCCAUGAGCAUGUACCCACCUGGACGUCUCAUAUUCGUGCGGCCCAUCAAGACGCGGCGCAAGAAGGCAUGGGACUGUGUCUGGAUCUCUCCAGAGGACAUCAUCGACGAGGAUGCCAAACCAUCAAAGCGGGGAUUCAAAUGGCAAGGACGCCUGGGGAGAAGACCCCAGCAGCACUACAGAUAUGAGAGGCAGACCAGCGAGCAGCGCAGUCUGCACCAGGAGCUCAUUGCAGAUUGA